ACGCUGCUGCCGGCGGACAUGCUCGAGAACUCGCCGAGCAAGCGAGACGGCGUGUCCGCCGCCGACGAGUACGCGCAGCGCGUCUGGGGCUGCGAGCUCAUCCAGGAGGCGGGCAUCCUGCUCCGCCUGCCGCAGGUCGUCAUGUGCACGGGGCAGAACAUCUUCCAGCGCUUCUACUACCGCGUGUCCCUGAAGCGCUUCGACGCGUUCCUGAGCGCCAUGGGCUGCUUCUUCCUCGCCUGCAAGAUCGAGGAGAAGCCCAAGCGGCUCCGCGAGUGCCUCAUGGUCUUCCACUUCGUGUACCGCGUGCGGACCAAGUCGUCGGCGACGCUCGAGCUCGGCGGCGUCCGCUACAACGGCUGGAAGCACGAGCUCGUCAAGGUCGAGCGCCACAUCCUCAAGGAGCUGGGCUUCUCGUUCUACAUCAUCGACCACAGUCACAAGUUCAUCCUCUUCUACGUGAAGCUCCUCGACUGCGACGGCGAGCUCGCGCAGGAGGCGUGGUCCUACCUCAACGACUGCCUCCGGACGGACGCGGCGCUGCGCUACCGGUCCGAGGUGCUCGCCUGCGCGGCGAUCUACAUGGCCGCGCGGCGGCUCCAGCACAAGCUCCCCGACGACCCGGCGGCGCCGUGGUGGGAGGUCUUCCGGGUAGGCAAGGCCGACCUCGACGCCGUCGUCGCCGCCGUCCUCGCGCUCUACGUGCGG